AUGGGUGGCUCGGCCUCCAGCCAGCUGGACGAGAGCAAGUGCGCCUACAUCCGAGGGAAAACGGAGGCAGCCAUCAAAAACUUCAGUCCCUACUACAGUCGCCAGUACUCUGUGGCUUUCUGCAAUCAUGUGCGCAGUGAAGUAGAAGAGCAAAGAGAUUUAACAUCACAAUUUUUGAAGACCAAGCCCCCACUGGAGCCGGGAACUGUUUUGUAUGAAGGAGAACUGUCACAGUUUGCUGAGGACAUAAAGAAAUGGAGAGAGAGAUACGUUGUGGUUAAAAAUGACUUUGCUGUGGAAAGCUAUGAGAACAAAGAGGCCUAUCAGAAAGGAGCUCCCCCCAAAAGCCGAAUUCUUCCUGCUGGUGGCAAAGUGCUAACCUCAGAAGAUGAAUACAAUUUAUUAUCUGAUCGGCAUUUCCCAGACCCUAUUGCGUCCAGUGAGAAGGAGAACACGCAGCCCUUUGUGGUCCUGCCCAAGGACUUCCCGGUGUACCUGUGGCAGCCCUUCCUCAGACACGGCUACUUCUGCUUCCGGGAGGCCGCGGACCGGAAGAAGUUCAGCGCGCUUCUGAGCGACUGCAUCAGACAUCUCAAUCAUGAUUACAUGAAGCAGACGACAUUUGAAGCCCAAGCCUUUUUGGAAGCUGUUCAAUUCUUUCGACAGGAGAAAGGACACUAUGGCUCGUGGGAAAUGGUCACUGGGGAUGAAGUCCAGAUCCUGAGUAACCUGGUAAUGGAGGAGCUCAUGCCAACCCUUCAGACAGACAUCCUGCCUAAAAUGAAGGGGAAGAAGAACGACAGAAAGAGGGCCUGGUUCGGGCUCCUCGAAGAGGCCUACCACCUGGUUCAGCAUCAAGUUUCAGAAGGAUUAAGUGCCUUGAAGGAGGAGUGCAGGGCUCUGACCAAGGGCCUGGAAGGAACCAUCCGUUCAGACAUGGAUCAGAUUGUGAACUCAAAGAACUUCUUAAUUGGAAAGAUCAAAGCAAUGGUCGCUCAGCCAGCAGAGAGAAGCUGUGCAGAGAGUGUGCAGCCAUUCCUGGGGUCCAUUCUGGAGGAGUUGAUGGGACCCGUGAGCUCGGGAUUCAGUGAACUGCGCUCACUCUUUGAAAAAGAAGUGGAUGAACUUAGCCAGAGCUUUCAGACCACCAAAGACAGUGCCCAGCUAAAGGAGCAUCUAGACCAGCUUAUGAAUCUUCCACUGGAUUCCGUGAAGAUGGAGCCUUGUUAUGAUAAAGUCAACCUGCUGCAGGAGCACCUUCAGGAUCUCAAGAGCCGCUUCAGGUUCCCCCACAUCGAUCUGGUGGUCCAGAGGACGCAAAACUACAUGCAAGAGCUGAUGGAGAACGCAGUAUUCACUUUUGAGCAGUUGCUUUCUCCACAUCUCCAAGGAGAGGCCUCCAAAACCACAGUCGCCAUUGAGAAGGUUAAGCUCCGAGUCUUAAAGCAAUAUGAUUACGACAGCAGCACCAUCCGGAAGAGGAUAUUUCAAGAGGCGCUGGUUCAAAUCACACUUCCCACCCUGCAGAAGGCUUUGGCAUCCGUGUGCAAACCAGAGCUUCAGAAAUAUGAGCAGUACAUCUUUGCAGAUCACACCAAUAUGAUCCAUGUUGAAAAUGUCUAUGAGGAGAUUUUAUAUCAGAUCCUCCUAGAUGAAAGUCUGAAAGUGAUAAAGGAGGCUGCGAUCCUGAAGAAACACAAUUUGUUUGAAGACAAUCUGGCUUUGCCCAGUGAAAGCGUGUCCAGCCUCACUGAUCUAAAAACUCCUGUGGGGUCAAACCAGGCCAGCCCCGCCAGGAGAGCCUUGGCCGUUCUGCCCGGAGUUUCAGAGAGUGAGAUCCUGAAUAAUGAGGUGUUCCAGGAGGCAGGGGAGAUGAAACAGCCAGAGGCCCCUAGUCCAUUGGCCAGAGAAGAAGGCCUUUCCCUCCCUGUGUCCAACCCUCCCCCAGAUGGGGACAGGCAGGUCAUCGAUUCAAGUAUAGAUGGCCCGGCUGUGAAUCUGAUGGCUACAGAGGUGACAGCAGGCGCCCUGGGCACACACUUGUCACAGCUGGAGUUGGAAGAGACUCCUGAGGACCGAGAACCCACCCAGGAAGACGCAGAACCCACCUCUGCUGCAGGCUCCUUGAAAGAGCUCAGAAAUUUGCUGAUGGUGACCGUCGAAGUGCCAGAGGAGUCCGCUGUGCUCGAGGUUGAGAAAGAUACACAUGAGGAGACCCUUGUUCCCCAAGAUAUUGAAAAAGAAGAGGAAGCAACCCAAAUCGACACAGAGGCCAGUCAAGUGUCUGCCUCGGGUCAGGACAACUGUGAACAAAGUGAAGUCAGUGAGGGGGAGGCCCAUGGUCCAGCUCCCAAGGCCGAGGCCAGCGGGGUGGAGCUGGGAGAAUUUCCAGACAUUCAGCCAGCCGGCGGGGGGCUCAGCGAGGGGGCUCUGGGCCCAGACCCCACAGAAGAGCCAGGAGAGGCAGGAGGGCCCGCCGAGAGCAAGCUCACAGGGGGUGCUUCCGGACUGGGCGCCCUCGAAGGAGGAGAGCCCGUGUGCUCUGUGGAGGCUGAGGCUGUGCCCCUAGAAGCUUGCAUGGUCCGUUCUGACCCCGUCAGCCCCAGGGAGAGCCAGAUUUCUGUGGAAGAAGAGGCGGUGGGCAGGAGCUGCAGCCCAGCCCAGCCUGCCACUAGCGAGGAUGCCCAGGAGAGGAAGGCCGACCCCGUUCCCGAGUGUCAGUGGGUGGCGGAGAACGAUGUGAACCCCGAUACCCUAGAUACACAGAGAGAAGACCCCCCAGAGCCCCCUUCAGAGGAGUGA